CCGUGGGAUCAAUUGAGCGCGUUGCCAUGGCAACAAACCACGACGAAGUGGACUCUUCUCUCCGUAUUUAUCAGAGAGAUUCAGCCAAUUUAUGUACGCCGGUCAUUCACCUAGAUGGAUCAUACCUAUUUCCAGCCCCAGCCAUCUGAGCUGGUCUUCAAAGAUUUCACACCUGCUCAGACCUACAAAUUACAUCUCAGCCUCCGGAACAUAGACAAGGUGCCAAGACGCGUGAAGCUGGAGCAGCAGGACUCACCUCACUUUCAUGCAGUCGGUAGAGAGGGUGCAGGUCAAAAGGUAGCACCCGGAAUGAGUGCCACCUUUUUUGUCUCCUUUACACCGACGGAAAACAAGGACUAUCGUCACAGACUGGUUUUUGUGACAGAGAAAGAGCGAUUAGAGGUCCCAGUCUGUGCCAUUGGGCCACGUGCAAUUCUUGACGUUCGAGACGAGCUCCAUUUACCAGUCUGUCUUGUGAAAGCCUCCACAGAGAGGACUACUCUAGUCCGCAACAUAGGAAACAACAAGGCCAUGUUCCAGCUACACACACAGAGCCCUUUCUCAGUAAUGCCCUCCUGUGGGGCACUUGAUGUAGGUGACAGCAUGCAGGUGACUGUGGAUUUCAGCCCCAUGACCGUAGGAGACUACAGCCAGGACCUGCUUCUGCACUACCACACUGGUGAAGAUGUUUACAUCAGAUUGUAUGGGACUUGCGAGGAACUGAACAUCCAUCUUGAGCCUGACUCUGUCCUGUUGAAGAAGACUUACAUUUCCCUGGCCAACCUACACACAGUGUGCCUCACCAACCGAGGUGAUAUCCCGCUUCAGUACUAUUGGACGACAUGGCCCUGCCUGCGAGAGGAGGCCCUGGGCUUAUUGAAGGAGAGCUCAGUGCUCCAGCAGGAGGAAGAGGAGAAGGAACGGUUGAUUUUUCAGUGUGAGUCCAACCUGACAGCAAUCCGUCACCUACCACUGCUGUCCAGUGCCCUGCAGGAACGCAGAAGCCAGGCUGUGAAGGGCUACUGCCUGGAGCUACCACACAGCUGCAUAACUGUGGAACCAGCGGAGGGUGAAAUAUGGCCUAAAAUGACAGCACAGUUCCUCAUUGUCUUCAAGCCUGAGGAGGCCAAACUGUAUCAACAAACAAUAUAUUGUGAUGUCACAGGCCGUGCAUCUCGCUUACCUCUCACAAUAAAGGGUGAGGGCUUGGGGCCUGAACUCCAGCUCAGCUAUAACCUGAUGAACAUGAAAAACAAAGUAUUCAUUGGUGCCAAAAGCUGUUAUGAGGUGCUGGUGUCCAACAGAGGACUGAUCGAUGCCCCUUUCAGGCUGUCAAGCCCUGACACCCCUUUCGGCCGCUGUUUCUCCUUUAGUCCUGAGGAGGGUGUUAUUCCCUCUGGGGCCAGCCAGAUUGUGGAAAUCACCUUCCACAGUCGCAUCUUAGGAACCUUCUCUGAGGACCUGUUGCUAACUGUCACAGGACAGCCUCAACCACUUAUCUUGACCUUCAGAGGUUGUGUUAUUGGUCCCACGUUCCACUUCAAUGUUUCAGAGUUUGAUUUUGGAGAUGUAGCCUUUGGUUUCCCGCUAACAUUGAUUUGUACCCUCUUCAACACCUCACUGGUGCCUAUGAUCUUUGCCCUGCGUGUCCUGGGAGACGGGUUGGGUUCUCCCAGUGUGACGUGUGCUGAACAGGUGUCCGACGUGUCCAUCCACAAUUGGCAAAACAGUGCUGCUAGAGACCUUCACGUGCGGCCUAUGGAGUUCACUGUCAGCCCUGCUGCAGGCUCUGUCUGUGAAAUGUCCGAUGUCACCAUUAAGGUGACGCUGUGCUCCAACACAGUCAGAGGAUACAGGCUGGCACUGGUGGUGGAUGUUGAGGGUGUUGGGAAGGAGAUCAUGGCUUUGCCUAUCAUUGCCAGGUGUGUUGUUCCUGAUAUUGCGGUGGAGACUCCAUUGUUGGACUUUCAAAGGUGUUUUCUUAAUCAUCCCUAUGAACAGCAAGUGCGGCUGAUCAACACCAGCACUCUGCCUGCCUGCUACAUUGUGCUUGACCAGGAAGACGAGGAGAAUUCGUCACUAAUGUUUGCCAGUUCCGUAACCAGAGGAGUGAUUCUCCCUCAAAGUUCAGAGGAGUUUAGUGUGCUUCUGAAGGCUAAGGCCAUUGGAAGGCAGCAUCACACUCUACGCAUUGCUGUGUUUGGCAGUGUCAGGCCACCGUUGGAGGUGGUCUUGUCAUGUGUUGGGCAGGGACCAGUAGUUCAUGUUCAGAUCCCACAAUUGGACUUUGGACGUAUCCCGGUUCUGAUGGACAUUACUAGAGCCCUGCACCUGUCAAACCAGUCACCUAUUCCAGCGCACUUUACUGCUUGCAUGAGCCACGAAAGAUCAUUUUGGCGCGUUGAGCCCAAUGAGGGGGACGUGCCACCAGAGAGCCAUCUGGAGCUAAGGGUAGUGGCACACCUGAAGGACACACUUCACUUCCAGGGCCGUUUAGAAGUAGCCAUCCAGGACAGUCAGACGCACACGGUCUCUUUGUCUGCCACAGGCACUGGCACCACAAUUGUCAGUGACAGGCCUUUUGCUCCUAGCCUUGACCUAGGCACAUACUUCAGCCCUGGUUCAUGCCAGUACCACUUAAAGCUGACCAACCAUGGCCAGCGAAUCCACCGGAUGCACUGGCGAACUGAGGGCUUCUUGAAGAAGUGCAAAAACCUAUCUGGGCAAACCAUUCUGCCCCCCCUCUCUGCUGCCAGGAACAAGGACAUUGUGGGCUGUGGAUCUUUGCUCUCCUCUAGCAGAGAGAAACCAGUGUUCAGCCUCAGCCCCUCUCAUGUGGAGCUUUUCCCAGGCUGCUCCAUUGACAUGGUGCUUACGGGAUCUUCCGACUCCCCAAAGGUUGUACAGGAGAGUCUGGUGUGCCGUGGCAUUGUGGGUCGCAAUGAAGGCGGUAAUAAGCACAUCAUGUCUGUAGAUGUUACCUGUCACUUUGUGGCUCCUGUUCUCACUAUUUCUUCCAAGCAGCUGAACUUCUACAUAAAGAAGGCCCCAGGAAAGAGACUAUUGCCCCUGUAUGAUAAGCUGAUCUUGGAAAAUGUGUCAUCUCUGCUUCUGUCCGUGGAGCUCUCUCUUGUAGAGCCAUUCUCUCUGUGUGAGGCCCCCGGAGUCCUCAGCUCAGCUACUACUAAGUCCGUGGUUUUAGGUGACGGGAGGCAGGCCAAUUUGUGGGUAUGCUUUAAUCCAGUUUACUGGUGGGAUCGGGUGUCACGAGUCGUGGAUGAGUGCCUUGAGGUACAUUACCAUGGACAACAAGACAUGGUGAAGCUGCAUGCUGAGGUCCACUUCCCCAACCUCCACUUCUCCUCCACCACAGUGGAUUUUGGCUGUGUGCUCAACUACACAGAGACACAUAGAGAACUCUCCAUCACCAACUGCUCUUUGCUGCCUGUGUCCUACUACUGGGCUUUCCUGGAUGACCAGGAACAUUGUACCAUCAGAGAGACACAUAUGCUGGAGGCACAGGAGUCGCAGAAAAAUACAGAAAAGGAGACUAAAGAAGGUUGGAGCUCCUCUAGAAUGGUUUCUCCUGCCUGUUCAGUUGCUCUCAGCCCCAGGCCUGGUGCAGACAAACAGAGCAGCACACAGUGCGCUGUGAGUGUGCAAGAGGUGUUUGAUAUCUUGCCAAUAUAUGGUCAACUGCAACCUGGGAGCCAACAGCUGGUCAUAUUGUCUUUCUACGGACAUAAAAAUGUCAGCAGAGAGGUGGUUGUACUGUGCUGUGUAGAGGAGGGACCAACGUAUGAAAUCAAACUCAGAGGAGAAGCAUCAGUAAUCAGCUACAGCCAUGACUCUACCCACAUCAACUUUGGUCUGCAGCUUCUUCCAGAUGAUGAUGAGGAGGCAGAUGAGGAGACAGUGGGACAGAGCACAGCUCUGCAGGAGGGCGAGCAGCAGCCAGAUGCACAGCAGCAAAAAGACAGUGAGCAAAUUGAGAAAGAACAGGAGGUCAGUCCUGGCCAGCCCAUAGUCAUCCCCACCAUGGAUUACAUUGAUGAUGAGGUGUUUGAGAAGCGGCUUCAGCUGCAGGUGGCUUACCUGCCACUGCAGGACAUCACUCUGACAGGAGAGGGAGUGUUCCCAAGGAUCAGGCUGAACUUGCCACAAAACCUGUCAAAUGAGUGCUACAGUGAUGUAGUGGAGGAGGCCAGCACAGCUGUGGAGGAAGAUAGAAUCGUAGAGGAGCACUGAAUGGAAUUACAACUUGUGGUGGAGCAACAACAGAGGCCAACUGCAAAAUCACCGUCAGUGACAAAAAUAAACUACAUUGAUGUUAUGCAAUGGAAA